CUGCAGUGUCAAUGUAACAUUACGGGAUUUCUGCUGAAUCGGAAAUGCUGUCUAUGUAGGCAACACAGUAGGUUUUGAGACGCAUCCCCGAUGGAGACGCGGCAGCAGUCGGCACAUCUCAACUUUCCGUAGUUUCAUGGACCGAAACAUACAACCUCCGGACUACUUUAACUUGAACUUUUAACUAGGAAUUCGUUAUUUUAUCUCAUCCCAAACGCCUUUGAACGACCCGCGCGAACUUUAUUGAAUCUUUUUUGUUUAUUUUGAUGAUGAAGUGAUUUCGUCGCUGCUCCAUGGAAACUCUCCUCAGGCUGACACGUGCGCACAUAUUUUCCCUGUCUGGAUGACUGCGGGAGUAUUGUCGAUAAACACUGUUGUUUAUUGCCGGGAAAAACAUCGCGACUCAUCUUUAAAGUGGACGGUAGACAGCCGUUAGCUUUAGCAUAGCAAAGGCCUUGCCUGCAGUCUUGACUGCGGUACUGGUGCUGCUGCUGUGUUGGCUGUGGAUACACACACACACGCCUUCAGCAUUGGAAAGUCAAAAGUGUUUUAAUUUUAAGGAGUGUAACAUCGAGCGAGCUGUUGUACGAAGCGAAUUGGGUUCAUCUGUUAAGCCCUUGAUGCACGCGACUGAAGACGGAUGCAACCUCACAUGUUUCUCCUCGUUCAUCUGAAAAUGUCUAUGGGAUAUAGGACGAAUAAAAGCUAAAAACGGAAGCCCAAUGAGCGACACACGGUCCACACUCACUGACAGAACCAGUAGCAUCCUCAGCAGAGACCACCCUUCUGACAAGAGGCCCAAAAGCGACAAGCUGCCUGGUACCCCCACACACGAAUUUGACCCUACAGACGUGCUGGUGCAGAAGAGUGGAUUUGUAUUGGCUGACGGGAGACCCGAGUCCUGUGGGCUGGUUCAGAGAUGCGUGAUCAUUCAGAAAGAUGAGAACGGUUUUGGGCUGACCGUCAGCGGGGACAACCCUGUUUUCGUGCAGCUCGUCAGACAGGAUGGAGCUGCCAUGCGUGCGGGUGUUCAGACUGGAGACAGGAUCAUUAAGGUGAACGGGACAUUGGUGACGCAUUCAAACCAUGUAGAGGUGGUGAAAUUAAUCAAAUCCGGCUCUUAUGUGGCCCUCACAGUAUUAGGCAGACCUCCUGGUUUACCCCAGAUCCCCCUCUCUGAGGUGGACAUGGGUCUUGGGUCACCAGGGAGUUUUGGGGACACAUUUGUUACAACCCCUGACUCUUACAGCGCAUCAGUGCGAACCCCCUCUCUCGUAUCAUGGGAAGAGAACAGUGUUCCACACAACCAAAGAUUGGACAACAAGAGGAUUGUGUCCAGGGAGCAUCAGGACAUGCAGGAUGAAUACAACAAAACUCCCAAACCACUACAGGAAAACCAAGAAGCUAAGAAGCACAUUCCACAUGAGGGUCUGGAUCUCAGGAACAGUGAAAAUGGAUGUUGGGCGGAUGAGGAUCAUUCGAGAGGAGACCUUAGCCCUGAUGGUUUAUGGAGUGGAAGUUCAGUGGCACCUGUCCAUCGACGGUUCUACCCGGCCUCUCCGGAGAGUCUAAGAGAUUCCAAUUGUUCCAGUCCAAAAAGCACGCCCAGAGAUAGCUUCAACUCCUGCCCGUCCCCCGAGGUCGAUGACGGAUCUGACCUGGAUUUUCAUUCCCAGUCCAACAUAGCUAGCCCAUUGUCCAGGCAGACUAUAGACAUCAUCGCUCCCGAAGAUGAAGAUUUUAUCACAGACCAGGAGCAGGUGAACGGCCAGUGCAGCUGCUUCCAGAACAUCGAGCUGCUCAAGGAUCGCCCUGCUCAUCUCGCGGCCUUCCUACAUUAUGUGAUCUCACAAUUUGACCCUGCGCCUCUGCUCUGCUACCUGUAUGCCGACCUCUACAAGCACACCAACUCCAAAGAAGCACGCCGGAUCUUCACAGACUUCCUAGCGUUCUUCAUAGAGCGGGGGGCACAUUUGAAGGUCGCUGUGCCCGAAUCCAUCUCCUCUGAACUCGAGAGGAGAAGACUGGAGCUGAUUCCCGAGGAAUUGCACAGACAGUAUAUACAAACAAUGCAGGAAACUCUUCUUCCAGAUGUCCAGAGAAAUCUGGAAGACUUCAGGCAGAAACGCAGCAUGGGCUUGACGUUGGCUGAGGCGGAGCUCGCUCGUCUGGACUCUGUACGGCAGCUUCUGGAGAGAGAGAGAGUUUAUGCGGAGAACAUCCUUUCAAAGAUUGAUGACGUCCUGGUGACUUCACAAGCCACAGAGGAGGAGAAAUGCACGACAAUACAGUAUGUGAUAUACAUGUACAUGAAGCAUCUGGGUGUUCGAGUGAAAGAACAACGAAUCUUGGAGUCCAAACGACCCCGAAUUAAUUUCCUUCCUUCUAAACUGAGGAAAAGCAAAACAGAGAAGGAAGGAGAGGACAAAAUAAAAAAGCCUCGCUUCCCUAUUCGGGUACCUCCCCGGUGGCCAGUUCGCAUUGAAUCAAUAGCAGGUGGUAAGGCGGGAGAUCACAUCAAGCAAAGGCCUCAAAAACAGCUGUCUCAACCAGCAAUGGGCAGCUUAGAACCGAUAGAGGGUGGACGUCUGCGGAGCAGUCUGUCGAGCGAGGGCUCCGAUCUCUUACAGAGCCCAGGAAUCGUCACCUCUCCUCUCUUCAGCAGCCCAUACAGCUCACCGUCAGACCCCUCUGGCAGGGAAGCGGAGUUCAGUAUGAGCCCACCUGCAGUGGUUCCACGGCUAAGUGACGGUCUUCAAGCUGGAGAUGUGCUGGACAGCAUCUACCCGCCCUGUGAUUACAUCCCAGAUAACAUGGACCAACUAGAUGAUGACAGAGAAGGAGACAGACUCCUCGAUGUGGGCACACCUAAACUGAUAAGAAGGUUUGAAGAGCUGCAGAGUGAAGAUGAUCAGGGGAGUGAUGUUUACUCUGUUGAUCCUCCAAACUGGCAGCAGCUGGUGGGGCGUGAAGUUCUAGCAGGCCUGACACCCCACGAGAUCAAACGACAAGAAGUCAUAAAUGAGUUACUCUAUACCGAACGAGCACACGUGCGCAUGCUGAAGGUCCUAGACAGCGUUUUCUACCAAAAACUCACGAAAGACAACAUACUGCCCCCUGCUGACAUCAAAAACAUAUUCACCAACCUGGAGGAAAUCAUCCAACUGCACGUGAGGAUAGCGGAUCAUAUGACUGCAAUACGCAAGAAAUACGAGAUAUCAGUCAUUGACCAUAUAGGAGAUGAUUUACUGUCUUGGUUCAGUGGUGGAGAGGAGGAGAAGAUCAAGCAAGCAGUGGGCACUUUUUGCAGUAACCAGCCCUUCGCCCUGGAGCUCAUCAAAUCUCGGCAGAAGAAGGACCAGCGUUUCACUUCUUUUAUGCAGGAGGCUGAAAGCAAUCGACUGUGUCGAAGACUACAACUAAAGGACAUCAUCCCUGCAGAGAUGCAGAGGUUUACCAAGUACCCUUUACUGAUGGACAACAUUGCCAAGUACACAGAUGACUCGGAGGAGAGAGACAAAGUGAGACGAGCGGCCGAAUGCUGUCGAAAGAUUCUCAACCACGUCAACCAGUCCGUGAAGGAGUCCGAGAACAAACAGCGACUGGAGGACUACCAGCGACGACUGGACCUUUCUUCUCUAAAGCAAAGCGAGAACCCAAUGAUCUCAGAGUUCAAGAAUUUGGAUGUCACUAAACGGAAGAUGGUUCAUGAGGGUCCUCUGUCCUGGAAAGUUAACAAUAACAAAAUUAUUGAGCUGCAUACUUUACUCCUGGAAGACAUCCUGGUACUUCUGCAGAAGCAGGACGACCGUCUAAUACUCAAAUGUCACAGUAAGAACCUGGCAGGAACCGCAGACACCAAACACAUCUUCAGUCCUAUCAUCAAGCUCAACACUGUUCUCGGUGUGCGAUCGGUGGCGACAGACAACAGGUCAUUCUUUGUGAUCUCCAUGUCGGAAAACGGCGCUCAGAUCUACGAGCUGAUGGGCCAAACGGUGACCGAUCAGAGAAUGUGGCAGGGACAGAUCAGUCAGAGGGUAGAUGUCGUAAAGGCCAAAGGAGACAGCGUCAUUAUUUUACCUCAAAACGACGGGGACAGAGACAGUAUCGAGUUGAGCAAAGCAUCUGACCGCAUCUCCACGGGAAGCGUUCAGUCGACAGAGAAAGACAGUGAUUUUUCCCCAUCGGCGGCCCUGCGGGACUGCAUUCCUGACUGUAGCCCUGGAGAAGAGGACCAGGUCCAAAUCCAAACGGCUGGCAGGGACGGCUCAUAUCUGGACUCUGAACUGUUAAACGGCAGGGAGGCAGACUCUAUCACCUGUUCAUCUAAAGCAGAAGAGGCAUUGAGAACCCUGGCAGCGCUGAAGCAGGUUCUGGUGACUCAGCUGAUGGCUCAGGACGAGGGCGGGUGUUUGGGUCGAUCGGCCGGCAGCCGUCUCCUCAGGACCACAUCGCUUCGAACGCCAGUGGAGCACAGCUCUAUUCGAACCCCUAGCCGAGCUCAGGACUACAUCUCCGGAGACACGGGUUUCUACGAGUGUCCAGAGGACUACGCUUACCUCGUUCUGGAGGGGUACGGAGGUUCGGGGGAGAGCAGCACCGAUGACGAUAUUCAGGUUGGCAGGAAGGAGUCGAGUUUGGCCCACAGCUGUGCUGCAGAUUCGGGCAUCAGCCUCAAGUUUUCCUCGCCCUCUUCAGGCAGCACGUCUCGCCUCAGCAGACAGGUCCUAUCGCAUCUUCGCUGCCUGCAGGCCAACCUCAACCAUCUCAGGGAGAUGGAAACAAAGUAUUACAAUCUUCUUCGCCAAAGGCCACUUGGGCCCAGCACAGAUACAGAUGAGAGCAGAGAUAAGAAAUAAAGCGGCAGAAGUUCCUGGCUCCUGUGAUGAAAUGGGCAGUGCUUCCAUCAAUAACAUUCUCCAUAUAAGCCUGUCUUCCUGCUGAACACCUCCAUCCAAAAAUGAGGGAAAUAUUCUAACAAGGCCUAUCGCUUCUGUCAGCACUCGUCAAUUAGGGAAGAUGGACUGUCUUCUCUCAGCCUGGUAGCAUGUCGUCAUUCUAACAAACGUUGGGCAGCCCAGUCCUUUCCCAGCAGUCCUAGCUAUAGAGAGAGACCUAUACCAAAAUGUAUAAAGCUGUGUGUUUAUAUAUAUAUAUAUAUGUAUGUAAUAAACACAAGAUGAGAAAGCUAAGGAAACUUUUUUUAACUAAUGUAUUAUGGUUUUGUUUUAUCUUUUUUUUUUAAAUCCCAGUAUAUAUUUAUUUUUCUUUUUAGUGUUUUCCAAGUUUCUCGCAUGCUUGCAUCUCCCUGUUAAAACUCUUAAGCUGCCUGUUGCUGUAGGCUUCGGUAUGAACCGGACAAAAGCUUUAUGAUUCAGUCUCCUCUACAUAGUCUUGCAUGGAAAACUCAGCCCGUGCAGUAGAUGAAGAGGUGGUUUUCCUCUCAGACAUUCCUUUUAGAGCCCCAGACUGAUUCAUCGGCCCCUGAGACCCUUCUGCUGAGAUGAAGAGUCGAUGGAUCUCAGCCUCUCCUGGUCUGCAGUUACUCCUUAGUUUGAUGACUGUAUAAAGCUAAGAAUUUAUAUCCAUCAAGAUUGGAAGCUGAUGCAAAACCUGGAAAUAAAAUCGUAAUGAUGAAA